AGCCUCGGCAGUGGCGUCGGCGACGACGGCGGAGUCGGGGCGGCCGCGAGCAGCUGCGCUCAGUGUCCCCCGGCGGCGACGGCGCCAGAGCUGGGAGUUAGGGCCACGCGCGCGCGCGCCGGACCGCGGCCACUGCCGCCGCCGCCGCCGCCGCCCAGAGCCUCCAGCGCCGGGGCUGAGGGGAGCCGGGGGGAGGGUGGGGGAUGGCGCGGACCCCGGGGCCGGCCCCGCCGUGUCCCGGAGGCGGCAAGGCACAACUUUCCUCCGCUUCUCCCCCCGGGGCCGGGCUCCCGCUGGCGCCCCCGACGCCGCCGCCGCCGCCGCCGCUGCUGCUGCUGCUGCUCUUGCCGCUGCUGCUCCUCAGCCGGCUCUGUGGUGCUUUAGCUGGACCAAUUGUUGUGGAGCCGCAUGUCACAGCAGUAUGGGGAAAGAAUGUUUCUUUGAAGUGUUUAAUUGAAGUAAAUGAAACCAUAACACAAAUUUCAUGGGAGAAAAUACAUGGCAAAAGUUCACAGACUAUAGCAGUUCAUCAUCCUCAAUAUGGAUUCUCUGUUCAAGGAGAAUAUCAGGGAAGAGUCUUCUUUAAAAACGAAUCACUUAAUGAUGCAACAAUUACUCUCCGCAACAUAGGAUUCUCUGAUUCUGGAAAAUACAUAUGCAAAGCUGUUACUUUCCCCCUUGGAAAUGCCCAGUCCUCUACAACUGUGACUGUGCUGGUUGAACCCACUGUGAGCCUGAUCAAAGGGCCUGAUUCUCUAAUUGAUGGAGGAAAUGAAACAGUAGCAGCCAUUUGUAUUGCAGCCACUGGAAAACCAGUUGCACGUAUUGACUGGGAAGGUGAUCUUGGUGAAAUGGAAUCCACCACUACUUCUUUUCCAAAUGAAACAGCAACAGUCGUUAGCCAAUACAAGCUGUUUCCAACUCGAUUUGCUAGAGGAAGGCGAAUUACUUGUGUUGUAAAACAUCCAGCCUUAGAGAAGGAUGUUCGAUACUCUUUCAUAUUAGAUAUACAGUAUGCUCCUGAAGUUUCAGUGACAGGAUAUGAUGGAAAUUGGUUUGUAGGAAAAAAGGGUGUUAAUCUGAAGUGUAAUGCUGAUGCUAAUCCACCACCCUUCAAAUCUGUGUGGAGCAGGUUGGAUGGACAGUGGCCUGAUGGUUUAUUGGCUUCAGACAAUACUCUUCAUUUUGUCCAUCCACUGACUUUCAAUUAUUCUGGUGUUUACGUUUGUAAAGUGACCAAUUCUCUUGGUCAGAGAAGUGAUCAAAAGAUCAUCUACAUUUCAGAUCCUCCUACUACUACCACCCUUCAGCCUACCAUUCAGUGGCAACCCUCAACUGCUGACAUCGAGGAUCUAGCAACAGAACCUAAAAAGUUGCCUUUUCCAUUAUCAACCUUGGCAACAAUUAAGGAUGACACAAUUGGCACAAUCAUUGCUAGUGUAGUGGGUGGGGCUCUCUUCAUAGUGCUUCUGAGCGUACUGGCUGGAAUAUUCUGCUAUAGGAGAAGACGGACGUUCCGUGGAGACUACUUUGCCAAGAACUACAUUCCACCGUCUGAUAUGCAGAAAGAAUCUCAGAUAGAUGUGCUUCAACAAGAUGAGCUUGAGUCUUAUCCAGACAGUGUAAAAAAAGAAAACAAAAAUCCAGUGAACAAUCUAAUACGUAAAGACUAUUUAGAAGAGCCUGAAAAGACUCAGUGGAACAAUGUAGAAAAUCUCAAUAGAUUUGAAAGACCAAUGGAUUAUUAUGAAGAUGUAAAAAUGGGAAUGAAGUUUGUCGGCGAUGAACAUUAUGAUGAAAAUGAAGAUGAUUUAGUUUCACAUGUAGAUGGUUCAGUAAUUUCCAGGAGGGAGUGGUAUGUUUAGCAACCGCUAAAUGUGAUUUAACUAUGUACAAUGUUUCAUUCAUACUUGUUGAUCAUUUUCAGAUUGUUCAUACUUUUUCUUGAGGAAGAAUAAGCUUUUUCAAGUUGAUUUUCAAGCUUACUUUUUAUAUUCUAUUCUGACCAAUGAAAAUGUAAAAUCUAGAUUCAGUGUAUCUGAGCUGCUUUACAGUUUUUUUCAAUGCUGUACUACUGUCUCAAGAUUUAAAUUUUAAUGCAGAGUACUUUAUUAAUCUGAGGCACACAGGUAAGAGGAAAUGUCAAUGUUAAAUGUAAGACUUUUUGGUACAAAAAUUAAAAAAAAAAAAACUACCUUGGCAUUGUGUAUUAAAUGUUUACCCAAAACUAUACUCUCAGUAAUGUUUGUUAAAUAUAUACCUCUCAAAGUUUAUUACCACUAAAUCAUAAUGCACCAAAAUCGAUUGAAAGGUUAAUUCAAGAUAUGUUUCUAAAUAUUUUUAGCAUACAGCAAAUAUUCAGUGUGAUCAAACAUUUUCAAACAUUUUCUAAGUUUCUACACAAAUGAAAUAUUUACCUCUGCAUUUUAAUGAGCCUUGCCGUAAUUACUGUAGAGUUGCUUUGCAGAGAUAUUUUGUUGCACUAAAACUGUGGUAGUAAACUCAGUGAAUACAGUGUGUGAGAGAGCAUAAUUAGCUGAUAAAUAUUUUGUCUAAAAUAUAUACAGGAAGAAUAAAACACAUGCCUUUUAAACAUUAUUAAUGUUAGUUUUUUUUUUUCAUCUCUGGAAGACAAUUAUAUUGUCUUGUAAACCUGGAUUUUGGUACAAAAAGCAAUAGCCUUAUUUUAAUGUUUGUGAUCCAUAUAUAUGAGUUGUAAUGAUAAGAGGUACACAAUUCAAUACACUGCAGAGAAGGAAUCUGAAUACAGCGCAGUUUCAGUUUUAGAAAUUAAAUAGUUCAGCUAUAAAAAGUUUUCUACACCAUGUUGUUUAGUCAUUUAAUGUUGAUGUUGUUCAAACGGGUAAAUGUAUAGAAAAAAAAAUUAGAGUAAACUUUCAAACUUGGAAUUUAAGUAGAAAAAUAUAGAACCGGUCAUUAACAAUUGUAGAUCGAUAUUGGCAAUUCCUCCUCCUUUUCCCUCUAAAUGUAUGUAUGUUUUGAGAUUUUUGUUUUCCCAAUUAAAACUGGAAA